CCCCUAGCUUCCAAGUUCCAACCACUCCAAUCUCCUUCUGCUCCUUUCACUACUCUCAUGGCCUCCCCUCUAUCACCAAUCCAUCCUCUACCCUUUCUCUCUUCUUCGUCCACCGCUACCACCCUCACUCGCCGCUCUCUUCUCCUCUCCUCCACCCUCACCACUACCCUCCCCACCACCUCUCUCUCAUUACCACCUCAACUAGACACCAACAUAACCGACCGGGUCUACCUUGACUUCUCCCUCUGCCCGACCUACUUCCGCAACGCUACUGCCGCCGACAGCAUCCCUCUAUGCUCCGACCCUUCUCCGUUAGGCCGCCUAGUCCUCGGCCUCUACGGCAACCUCCUUCCUCUAACUGUCUCCACUUUCAAGCGCAUGUGCACCUCUUCCUCCUACAAAAACACCCUCGUCCACAAAAUAUUCCCUGGGCAGUUCUUCCAAGCUGGACGCCAAGGCCGCAGUAGAGAAUACGGCGAAGUCCGUUUGCCCCCUGCCUUGGACUUGCCUCGGAACACUGAGACUGUCGACUCUAAGGCCUUCUUGCUUAGACAUUCAAGGCCCGGUGUCGUUUCCCUUUGUUUGUCAGAGAACGACGACGACGAUGAAGUUAAGCUUGAUUCUGAGUAUAGGAAUGUUGAGUUCUUGAUUACUACAGGGCCUGGCCCCUGUCCUCAACUCGAUAACAACAACAUUGUUUUUGGGACCGUGCUUGAAGGGUUGGAUGUUGUGACUGCGAUCGCUUCCAUCCCAACGUACAAACCAUCAGAAAGAAUUCGGCAACUAAAUGACUUGGCUGAAUUCUUCGGAGAUGAAAGAGCACAAAAAGGGCGCACGUUAUGGAACAGGCCUCUUAAAACUGUUUAUAUCAGUGACUGUGGCGAGCUCCAAGUUACCAAGCCUUCAAUGUCACCUACUCUGCCUUAAAACAUCUAUAUAUCAAUUUAUUUAUUUAUAUAUAUAUAUAUUCAUUCUUUAGCCUCCCCUCAUUUGCAUGUACAAACUCCUUGUCUGUAAUCUUGCAUUUUUAGAAAGAGAAGAACACAAACAUAUAACAUCUAUGCAUUAAACAAUUGAGAGGAACCCCAUUCCAGCAAUUCAAGAUUUUUCUUCUCCUAUACAGAGAAAGCUUCAGUCUGGACUAUGGGAAUAGGGCUGCUGAUGUUAAAUUCGACUUACACUAUAUAAUUGUAUUUGUAUGAAUCAACUUAGUUAAAUACCAAGUCUAGCAAUUCAAAGUUUUUAA